GGCUGACGGUCGGCCGGAGGUUUUGCAGUGAGCUGUUGACAGGAGGAGAGCGCUCUCCUCUCCUCUCCAGUAACAGUGAGUGUGUGCUUUCGCCAUGGCGGCUACAGGAGGAGGGAAAAUCAGAAGCAGAAGAUUUCACAUCGUCUCUAAACCUUAUGCCAAGGGCAAGCAGCAGCCUGGUUUGAUCAGCCGAGUAACUGACACCGUGAAGAGCAUAGUCCCAUCUUGGCUACAGAAGUACUUCAAAAAUGGCGAGGUGGCCGAAGAAGGAGAGUCCCAUACGCAGGUGGAGCAGAACAACAUACUGCCUCCUACUAACGGCAACCAGGAAGCUGCUUCGCUCCCCAAUAGACGCAACUCCCCAGAGCCCAGCACCAGUAAUGCAGAACCCUCUACAAGCAGAGCGUCGCUGAACUUCCAGGACGGUCUCUCCAGACCUCCACUCAACCGUUCCCACCUACAUUUCCCUUCCCACGAUGGCUCCCCUGCACUCGGGAGUGCCCUCUUCUCCCAGCCCUCCACAUCCACAGCUCCCUUACCACCAAGCCCCUUUGCUGUAAGUUCGAGCUUCUCCCUAGUGAAGGAGAUCAAGGACUCCAGCUCUCAGCAUGAGGAUGACAAUAUCUCCACCACGAGUGGCUUCUCAUCACGAGCGUCUGAUAAAGAUGUACCCACCUCAAAGACCAUACCACUCCUCUGGUCUCCAGAGACAGAACGCACACAGUCCGGAUCACAGCUGGCCCAUACUGGUCUCAAGAAGCCAGCUUUCAACCUGUCAGUCUUCGGCACUUCCUCAUCAUCAGCGAUGAACAGUUCAGUGCUGAACUCAAGUCAGCUGGGAGAUUCUCCCUUCUAUCCAGGGAAGACCAUGUAUGGAGGCGCUGCAGCUGCUAAGAUGGCUCGUUCACGGCCGGCCACGCCUUAUCAGGCUCCAGUGAGGAGACAGAUCAAGGCCAAACCGGCAGGAGCUCAGCCUUGUGGCGUGACCAGCGCCAUAGCCAGACGCAUCCUGCAGUCACUCGAGCGCAUGUCCAGCCCUCUUGCUGAUGCGAAAAGAAUUCCAUCAACAGUUUCUUCUCCCUUGUCAACAUCGCUGAAUCACACCGAUCUAGAUGUUAGUAAUUUCCAGCCGAAGAGGAAAAAGCUGGACCCAGCUGUCCCACCUGUACAGAAACUGGUGAUCCCAGCUGCUGUAGCCGUGUCUGGUAACCGCUCCAUGUCUUUCCGCCCUUCGCUAACUCCUGGAUCUGCGAGCAGAGUGGUGGAAAAGAGCAGCAAGGAGAUGCAUGUUGGACAGGCCACUCAGAUCCCGGAUGCCAUUCCAGCUGCGAUAGCAAGCACAAGCAGUUCUUCGUACCCAUUGUCCAGCACACCUGCUGCCAGUGUCACCGGCCCUGCUGGAGGCAAGAUGAAGCGAGAGCGGAGUGUCCGACCUUCCACCAAAAGACCUGAAGAUGAGAUUGCUGAAGUGCCGAAUCUGCCUGCUGUUUCUCUGCCGAUCAGUAAACGCAAUCUACCCACCUUCACUUUCUUCUCGUCAACUUGCACCACGCCAAUCCCUGAUGGAGAUAAGGAGAUGAACGCCGUGUCGACACCAGUUUCUGUCCCGUAUACCUUCUCUUCGCCCAUUGUCAAGGCAACAGCUGCCAGUCCGCUGUCUUUUUCUCCAUCAUCGGGAUUUACCUUCAGCGCACCUACUAUGAAAACUGCAACUUCCAUGUCGAAUGGGAAACUUGCUCCAGCAAUAGUUGCAUCAAAAACAACCAGCGUAAGUAGUGAGGAGUUUGAAGGGCCUUUCAAACCGGCAAAGGCCUUGAAGCAGGGUAGUGUUCUGGACAUCCUGAAAGGACCUGGAUUUGCUUCUCCAGGCCAGAACAACUCUGAAACCGAACCCGUGAAGCCGACGCGCAGCACAACUGUUCACGCACACUUUACUCCUCUCCCUGGGUUUGGCGAGAAGUUAAAACCUGCAGUAGGAUCGUGGAACUGUGCCACCUGCUUGCUGCAAAACAAACCUUCUGACAAAAAGUGUGUGACCUGCCAGGCCCCACAGCCCAGCACAGACUCCUCUUCUAAAUUGGACAGUAAACCUGCCAAAGCCUCUGCUGCUAGUCUUAGUUCUUUUGCCCCUCCAGCUGGAAGCUGGGAAUGUGACACCUGUCUGGUGCAGAACAAGCCUGAAGUGGUUAAAUGUGUAGCGUGUGACACGGCCAAGCCAGGGACUGGAGUAAAACCUGCCCUGACGCGACCUCCUGUUUCUGAGAUCUCCUCAACCCCUCCUGCUUCGUCUGCCCCAGCCGCCAAUUCCUCCUCCUCCUCCUCCUCCUCCUCCUCCUCCACCACCACCACCACCGCUGCCACCGCUGCCACAUCUGGACAGCCUACUUUUGCUGACAAGUUUAAGAAGCCAGAAGGGGCAUGGGAUUGCAAUACAUGCAUGGCUCAGAACAAAGCACAGGAUGUUAAGUGUGUAGCGUGUCAGGCUGCAAAACCAGGAGCAGUGGCUGCAUCUUCAUCCCAAGCACCUUCAUCCCAACCUCCUGCAUCCACACCAGCAAGUACUGCACCUCUAUUGGGAUUUGGAGACAAGUUCAAGAAACCUGAGGGCAGUUGGGAGUGUGAGGUCUGCAUGGUUCAGAACAAGGCCGAGGACCAGCAGUGUGUGGCCUGCCAAACAGCCAAACCAGGCGCUAAAAUAGAAACCAAAGGUUUUGGCACUCAGUCAUGCAGCACCAAUUCAAGCUCACCUGCUUUCAAAUUUGGAGCUUCGAAUUCUUCAAAUUCAGCCUCUGGUGAACUGAAAUUUGGUGGCACUUUUUCAGACUCCACCUCCACAGUGUCCUUUAAAUUUGGUAAUCCUUCUUCAGACCCCACUGCACCUUCUGCAGGCUUCAAAUUCGGAGGCUCGUUGUCGGAUAGUUCUUCAGGGGCGUUCAAAUUUGGAGGAGCCUCCUCAGAACACACCUCAGCAGGCCCGAGUUCAACUGAGGCAUUCAAAUUUGGCGGUUCCUCAGACGGCUUUAAAUUUGGAACAGCCUGUACUUCUGAAUCAACAAGUGAAGAGAAAAAGAGUGAAUCUCAAAAUUCUGGUGCUGGUUUUAAAUUCGGAGGAAGCAGUGCAAUCAAUUUCGGCUCCGGCUCCGUAAACACUGCUACGACAAGUGCAUCCGGGGGAUUUGCGUUUGGGCUCUCAAAACCUGAGGAAAAAACAGGGUCCAGUCCAUCGUUCAGUUUGUCAGCAGCUCAAGCCAAAGCUGAGAAGGAAGACCAUCCUGAGCAAAUCACAGUCGAGUUGUUUUCUGGGGAUCCCUCUGAAAAGGCUUCAACCCCUACUUUCAUGUUUGGUAAACCAGAGGAGAAAAAGGAUACCUCAACACCCUCAGCUGGAUUUAUGUUCAGUGCAGCCAAGGAGGCUGACAAACCCGCACCCUCUGUGGGCUUCAGUUUCAGCAAGCCAGACCCUCCAAAGGAACCCCCCAAACCUACAUUUGCAUUUGGAAAACCUGCGGAGCCCACAGAAGCCCCAAAGCCAGCAUUCGGUUUUGGACACAAUGCAACAGACAAUUCAGCACCAAAGGCUCCGUUUCCCUUUGUGGGCAGUUCAUCCACCACCCCUGCCUCCUCCAGUCUUGCACCCAACCUCUUUGGGACUCCCAGCAGUUCAAGCCUGGCUCCCACCCCUGCUCCAGCCAGCACCUUUGUUUUUGGCCAGAGCGCCUCUUCAGAUGCACCUUCCAAGACCUUCAUGUUUGGAAAGCAGCAAGAAACCCAGCCAGCCUCAACAGAACCCUCUGCCGCUCCUAAUCCAGCAGCGCCGUUUGUCUUUGGCUCUGUGAACAAUUCAAAUGCAUCGCCCUUCUCUUUCGGCAGCGCAGCGCCUACACCAGCAUCUACAGCCCCUGCCCCCGCACCCGCACCCUCAGCAGCUCCAUUUACGUUUGCCGCCACCACGUCCGCCUCUGGCUUUGGCUCACCGGCGUUCGGCUCCUCCCAGUCCGCUGUUCCAUCUUUUGGGUCAGCUGCAUCCUCUUUCACAGCCACAGCAUCAGCAGCUCCUGCCUUUGGAGCGAAGCCUAGUGCUUCAUCUGUGUUUGGCCAGCAGCCCAGUGCAACACCUGCUUUUGGGUCGUCAUCUACCCCUUCUGGCCAAGGAGGCUUCCAGUUUGGAGGAGCCACUGCUUUUGGGGCAACUGGUGGUAGCAACAACAACAACAGUGUAUUUACCUUUGGAGCAGGAUCUGGAGCUGCAGCCAGUCCUGCAGCAGCGCCGGCCAUGUCUGCUCAGCCCGCAGCACAUGGAGGAGGCUUCAACUUCUCACAGCCCGCAACCUUCAAUAUCGGGUCAGUAAAGAGUUCCAACACAGCACCGACUGGACAGCAUGGCAUCGCCGGGCGCAAGAUCAAAACCGCUGUCCGGCGUAGGAAGUAAAGCUGGAAAUGAUGAUGAUGAUGAUGAUGAUGAUAAUAAUAAUAAUAAUAGCGGUUGCCUCACCUUUGAACAAACACUGAAGUACUUGGUAUAAUGAGCUUGGUACACUCACGGCUCCCUUUUAACAGGAGAUUUGUUUUGCAGUUGAGGGUCGUUGGUAUACUGUGGAGCCCUGGCCCUGUGACAAACUCGGACACAAAAAUGCGAAAUACAUGAAUACAAUCAAGCAAAAACCCUUCCCUUGUGCAGGAAAGGUAUCUCUAUUUUCAGCAUCUGCAAUGUUGGCAGGAUUUGCGCAUGACUUUUUGUAAGGAAAGAAUACCAUUAAAAAAAAAAACAACCCAUAUUUAGGGCAGUGACAUAAGUUUUGCUUGGGUGAUCUGCAGGUAAAUCUGCACAUGGUGGAGACGAGGACUAGUUGCUGUAUGUACAGUGAGGCGAGUGUUUCUAUGUACUGAAUGAAGCAUUUUUUUUGUGCGCAGAUUUGUAUGUAUGUGUGGUUUCUUUGUACAUGCUGAAUUGUGCUGGUGUGAAAAUGGAGGCAAAUGAAUGUGUUUAAGGAAAGGGCUGGGUUGUGGUGUGGGUUACACCCAUGAGUGGUUGACUGGUUGGUGAAAAACGUAGCCCCGCUGCUCUCCUCAGAUCCUCUGUAAAUCUGCACUUCCAAAUCUGUUCAUCCUCGAGUGCCCUUUUAGUUUCUCCUCCUUCUAUUACUCUCUGAUUUUUCUUGCCCUCAGCCCUCUACACCUCAUCUUGCUCUUUGUCUCCUGCCUUUUGAAUAUUAUUAAAACAAUUGUAAAUAGUAACUUUUUUUUAAAUCUGUGAAGUUUUUGUGUGUUAAACAAGCUUAUUUUUCAUUCAGCAUUUUUUUUGUCUUUUAGAAUUUAUGUAAAGCCCUUAAUUCAAAGUUACCCAAAUCCAUUUAAAAAUGACCUUAAAUGCAAAUUGGGGAUCCUUUGAAGACUAAAGGUAUAUUGGCAUUUCUGAUCCACUUUUGUUUGGACCAAAACCAGUAUUGUAAAAAGUGUUAAGUAUAUAUUUUUCUAUUGCUUGUUUAAAUGGACUUAGGGUGACUUUGGAUAAUAAGGACGUCUACUUAAUUUUAAAGCCAUGAUAAUUAUUACUGAACGAGUGAUAAAUAAAACCAUGGAUAAUUGCCAUCAAUAAAA